UCGGCAGGUUAAUCGCCACCACCUUUUCUCUGACCCGUGCCUUCGCCUCUCCGGCCUGCCGCCGUGCCUAGCGGGAGUCCGUGUGUCUCUCCGACUCCCCAGAGAGAGAGAGAGAGAGAGAGAGAGAGAGAGAGAGAGAGAGAGAGAGAUGUUGGGAGAUGCGGUCGAAGAGUCCCGGGAAGGCGAAAGCCAACAACCCGAGGCAGCUUCUCCAUCGACAUCUCCGGAGCUCAUCAACGGAAGGAAGCUCUCGAGCCACAAGUUGCGCAGAUACGACUCAUUAGACGUCGAAUCUGCUAAAUGCCCCAGUCAUCAUCCUCAUGGCUCCAAGCAAGCGGUGGAGUGGCGGGUGAUACUGACCCUGGCGUUCCAGAGCAUCGGGAUCGUGUACGGCGACAUCGGUACCUCGCCGCUCUACGUGUACCCGAGCACCUUCACCGAGGGCAUCAAGCACAACGACGACGUCCUGGGCGUCCUCUCCCUGAUCUUCUACACCAUCACCUUGAUCCCUCUCUUCAAGUACGUCUUCAUCGUCCUGCGCGCAAACGACAACGGCGACGGGGGGACGUUUGCAUUGUACUCGUUGUUAUGCCGAUAUGCGAGGAUAGGGUUGAUCCCGAGUCAACAACCAGAAGAUCAAGAUGUAUCUAAUUUCCAGUUGGAGCUGCCAAACAAUCGCUUGAUCAGGGCAUCGAGGCUCAAGUCCAAGCUCGAGAAGAGCCGGUUCGCCAAGUUCUUCUUGCUCUUCGCCACCAUGCUUGGCACUUCCAUGGUCAUUGGUGACGGCAUCCUCACUCCAUGCAUGUCUGUUCUGUCCGCUGUUGGAGGGAUCAAGGAAGCUACUUCUGCAGUGACGGAAGAUAUGAUAGUAUGGAUUUCGGUGGCGAUACUGGUGUGCCUCUUCGCGGCCCAAAGGUUUGGCACUGAUAAAGUUGGAUACACUUUUGCUCCGAUCAUAUGCGUUUGGUUCGCAUUCAUUGGCGCGAUUGGUUUCUACAAUUUUGUCAAGUAUGACCCGGGAGUCGUCAAAGCCAUCAAUCCGGUUUACAUCAUCGAUUACUUUCGGAGGAACAAGAAGGAGGGAUGGAUAUCUCUCGGUGGCAUUGUCCUUGCCAUAACAGGUACGGAGGCGUUAUUCGCCGAUGUUGGGCACUUCACGGUCCGCUCGAUACAGAUAAGCAUGUGUGCCGUGACAUAUCCCUCGCUCAUAUUGGCAUAUGCUGGGCAGGCCUCGUUUCUUCGUAAGCAUAACGAUCUUGUCAGUGCAUCAUUCUUCAAGUCUAUACCUGGGCCCUUAUAUUGGCCGAUGUUUGUGAUCGCAGUACUAGCUGCGAUCAUUGCGAGCCAAGCUAUGAUCUCAGGGACAUUUUCGAUCAUCCAACAAUCGCUCUCUCUAGGGUGUUUUCCUCGCGUGAAAAUUGUGCAUACGUCAUCGAAAUAUGAAGGACAAGUUUACAUACCAGAGAUUAAUUAUCUCCUGAUGUUGGCAUGCGUCGCUAUCGCUCUUGGCUUCAGGACUACUGAGAAAAUAGGCAAUGCCUACGGCAUAGCGGUGGUCUUUGUGAUGACCCUCACAUCUGGAUUCCUGGUGCUCAUCAUGAUCAUGAUAUGGAAAUGGAACAUCUUCUUCGUCAUCACUUACAUUCUAGUCGUGGGUUCUGUGGAGCUUCUCUACUUGAGCUCAGUCCUCUCCAAAUUCUACCGAGGAGGUUACCUUCCCUUGGCCUUCGCCGCUGUCUUUGUGACCAUAAUGUACGUGUGGAAUGACGUGUACCGGCGCAAGUACUACUAUGAGCUCGACCACAAGAUGUCGCCAGAGAAGCUCAGGGAGAUUGCCACCGACUCUGGCCUUUCUCGCAUGCCGGGGCUCGCUGUCGUCUACUCAGAGCUCGUCCAAGGGAUCCCUCCAAUCUUCAAGCACUAUGUGGAGAACGUGCCCGCCGUCCACUCGGUCCUCGUCUUUGUCUCAAUAAAGUCACUCCCGAUAAGCAAAGUCCCAGCAGAAGAGCGGUUCCUGUUCCGCCGAGUUGAGCCAAGUGAGCUCAAUGUGUUCCGGUGCGUCGUGAGGUACGGGUACACCGACUCGCGGAACGAGCACGAUGAGCCGUUCGAGAGGCUUCUAUAUCAAAGGCUCAGGGAGUUUGUAAUGGAAGAGCAUUGGACCAUGACCCAUCAAGUGACGUUACCCGAGGUCAAGGAUGACGACGGGCAAUUGGUUGAUGGGUUAGAGAAUGCAGAGAAUUGUAAGAAUGGGGUCAAAAAAGAGAUCGAUGAUGAAGCUAAUGACAAAUGUAAUCAUAAGGCACAAGAGGCAUCGGAGAGAGAGAUUGCUGUGUUGGAUAGGGCUUGGCGUGCGGGUGUGGUUCACUUGAUUGGUGAGAAUGAGGUGGUGGCAGGAAAAGGGGCUAGUUUGGGGAAGAGGGUCUUGAUCGACUAUGCUUACAACUUCUUGAAGAGGAACGUAAGGCAAAGUGACAGGAUCUUUGACAUUCCCCACAAGCGAAUGUUGAAGGUCGGGAUGACUUAUGAACUUUAGGGAAAAAUUUAGGUAUAUUAUGUCGUGAAUAAAGAGAGAUCGCGAAUCAUGAUCGAGGUGUUAAUUGUUGUUAUUAUGGUUUGAAAAUCUUGAGAUGUACAGUUGGUCUUUAGAGGGCACAAUGUGAAAAAGGGGGCAAAAAGGAUGAAUCCCUUAUCUAGUGGUACUAUUCAUACAAUGCAAUCUUCAGAAAUUUACAUUCCUCUUGUCAUGUAUACGUACUUAUGAACUUUAGGGAAAAAAGUUAGGUAUAUUAUGUCGCGAAUAAAGAGAUAUCACGAAUCA